ACCACUGAGGCUGGCUGACUCCGGCGGGACUGCGAGAGUGACCCUCAGGUGGACCUACUCAGCCAGAGAGAUCGAAAUCCUGCGAGCGAGGGAGAGAGAGAGAGAGAGAGAGAGAGAGAGAGAGAGAGAGAAGAGAGAAAGGAGAGAAGAGAGCGGAGAGAGAGAGAGGAGAGGAGAGAAGAGGAGAGAGAGGAGAGAGAGAGAGAGAGAAGAGGGAGCACUCAGCGGGCAGGGAGACGGAGAGGGAGGGACAGGGACAGCCAGCCCCGUGCACUCGCUCCCUGCAGUCACCUCCUCCCACCCGACCUGGGGAAGUGGCCGGAGCGCAAAGUAGCAAAGUAGCAGAGACGCUGCGGGCUCCAACGACAGUCACCUGGUUCCCGCAUUGCUGGUGGGACCACAGGUCGCAGAGGGGCGGACAGAUCAGCGCAAGGACUGGCUGCAGGAGAAGGUGGCUACUCCCAAGAGAGAGGAGCAGAGCAAAGCCUGGACACCACCCCCAACCCCUUUCCUGAAGCAGACAGACUGACAGACAGGCAAAUAGACAGACAGGAGCUCAGCAGCCUGUGGUGACAUACAGACUCUCUAGCAGCGAAGACCUCCAAGCGUCCGGAGCGGUGACAGUCCAACAGCCGCAGCCACGCGUUCCCCACCAGCGCUGUGCCUGGGCAGCGCGAGGACCCCUGCCUCCAAGCCAAGGGCUCCUUUUGCUAGCAGUUAAAAUAAAUCGACCAAACAACAAAGGCAAGCCACAAACCAAACUGACCCAACCAAAGCAUUCACUGAGAAACAAUAAUUACUCACAAAAGCCCCAAACGAAAUCCAGUCAGUCAAGGCACCCGGGACGCUGGGUCACUCCACUGUUCCUUCAGGUUGUCGACCAUGUGUCAAGCUGUGUAAGGAAACUGCCUCGAGAUGGACACUCUGGACUGCUAAUGGGGACAUGGGACGGCAGUUACCUCUGAUCACUUGCGUGGAUUCUCCCGGAACAGAACGACAGAAGCCGCCAGUCAUUCGCCCAGAUCUACAGCUGGAAUUCUGUGCUGAAGGGUCUAAAAACUCUUUUUAAUUUGGAUCUGGGAGAAUGUCUGAGCAAGGAGGACUGACUCCGACCAUACUGGAAGAAGGGCAGACGGAGCCAGAGUCUGCCCCAGAAAAUGGCAUCCUCAAGUCAGAAAGUCUGGAUGAGGAGGAGAAGCUGGAACUGCAGCGGCGACUGGCGGCUCAGAACCAAGAGAGGAGAAAAUCCAAGUCAGGAGCAGGCAAAGGGAAGCUGACCAGAAGUCUUGCUGUCUGUGAAGAGUCUUCAGCUAGAUCUGGAGGGGAAAGUCACCAGGAUCAGGAAUCAAUUCACUUACAGCUUUCCAGUUUCCCCAGCCUGCAAGAGGAGGAUAAAUCUAGGAAGGAUGAUUCUGAGAGAGAAAAAGAAAAGGAUAAGAACAGAGAGAAACUCUCUGAGAGACCCAAGAUCAGAAUGUUAUCAAAAGAUUGCAGCCAAGAAUACACAGAUUCUACAGGCAUAGACUUACAUGGGUUUCUAAUUAACACGCUGAAGAACAAUUCCAGGGACAGGAUGAUACUCUUGAAAAUGGAGCAGGAAAUGAUUGAUUUCAUUGCUGACAGCAAUAACCACUAUAAAAAGUUCCCCCAGAUGUCAUCCUAUCAAAGGAUGCUGGUCCAUCGGGUGGCAGCGUACUUUGGAUUGGACCACAACGUGGAUCAAACUGGAAAAUCUGUCAUCAUCAACAAGACCAGCAGCACCAGGAUACCAGAGCAAAGGUUUUGUGAACAUUUAAAAGAUGAAAAAAGUGAAGAAUCCCAGAAGCGGUUUAUCUUGAAGCGAGAUAACUCUAGUAUUGAUAAAGAAGACAAUCAGCUCUGUCCUUCCGUUGUGCACAAUUUGAGUUGGAUUAUCACUGAGGACCGAUGAGCCACCGGUGUAGCUGUAAAGAACAUACCUUGUUAUGGUGAGGACAGGAGGAUUUUGCAACUAUCCUAAAAAAAUAGUCUUCACAGCAAAGCAUCGAGUUUCUGUUCUAGUCUCCCACCCUUCUUCCCAUGUUUUAUGGUCUCUGUGAUGCGUUUGCUCGUUUGCAUGAAGUGUAGCAAAAACUGAUUGCUGUGUAUUUUGCCUGUGACAAACACUACGCCAUUCUAGAAAGAACUUUAAUUGUGGUCCUUGACCAAAGGUAAAGAGACAUUCCUGCAUCUCUUCUCUGUAUGGGUACGAGGGAGAGGGUUACAAGCAAGAAAGCUAAGUAAAUUAUAAGUCCCCCCCCCAAAAAAAAAACCAUUUAAUAACAAUAAGAAUUUCAGAAAGCCAUGGGAAAGUCUUGACAAUUGCACUUGCUCUCUGACAAUCAAUAUAGGUAUUUUUGAAACAUGCCUUUGCUUUAGAAUACAUGAAGGUAAGACAAUCCAUCUCUCACUCAAGGUCUCCUGCUAAUUACUCAACGUGAGUCACUCUGAGCCGGCAUAUGCAUCUCUAGGUGCGAUUAUUUUAAAGAGCCUGUUCCUUAUCUGUCCCUCCUUGUUUCUCACCACUGCUGACACCAGCCCUGGGCUACACUGGGGCUCUUGUUGACUCCAAAAUAUGCCUGUGUCGUCGAGUACUCCAUGGGUGUCUGGUGGACGUAUGGAUGAAUGUGCUUAGUGCAGAGAGGAUCUUGUCCACAAUGGCAAAUGCUAUGAGGGAGGCAGCUGAGAAGUAGGGCUUGGGUCAGGGGAAAGGAUGAAGACACCGUUCUCAUGCUGGGUUCUUUGGAUUGUUCUUUUAGAUUUCUCUGUACUGACCAUUACCAGCAAACAGGCUUUCUAGGCUGAGGUUCUGUUCUCCAUACAAUUCACAGGGUCAGCCACUGAGUGAACAAAAAUGGCCUCGGAGCCAAGGAUCAUCCAGAGGGCUCUUUCAGGUCCCCUAUUUCUCUACUUUCUUGCUCUUUCCUGAGAUCCCAAAUAUUCACAGCCACUCCCCCCUCCCCCACCCAGGUCCCCUGAACUCACUCUUCCCUCUUUUCCAUCAAGACUUUGCCUCAUGUUAUGGUCAGACACACUCAGCAAAGGUAAAAGAGGUUACUUCUGGCCACGCCAGCUCUGGGCUAAUCCCUGAAGCAUAUGCAAGCUUGCUUAUUUUUGAAAUAUGCAUUCUACUUUCCUCCAUAGAGAAUGAAACCAGGAGUUGCAAAUCCUUUCUAUGCUAGCUGGUCACACACAGAUACACACACGCUCACACACACUCACACACACACACACACACACACACAGGGAUGGAUAGAGGAAGAAAGAGAGAGACACAUACACACAUACACAUCACACACAGAAAAAGAGAUACACACAUGCACACCUACACACAUGCAUAUAUAUGUACACACAUGCAUAUACAGAGAGACAUACUCACACAUACACAUGCAUACACAUAUACACUACACACACACACAUGCACACAAUUGAAUGCAUGUGCACAGACACCACACACACACAUGAAUACAUGCACAGUGCACAGGGAUAUACACACAUACACACAAAUCUAUGCCUCCCAGCCUAGACCCCUCAGGGAAUGAAGGGGGUGGGGCUUGCCAGGCUCUGGUUAUCUCGUUGAGCAUUUAUUAUUCUCAGCUGAUGGUUGCUUCACAGCUCACCAUGGAUAACCCUCCUGAUUUCUUUUCUCUGUUCAGCAGAACAGAAUGCACCCAUUUAGAGAUGACAGACGAAGUAAAUCAAUUGAAGAGAGAGAAGAGGAAUAUCAGAGAGUGAGGGAGAGAAUAUUUGCACAUGAUGUGAGUAGUUGUUUUAAUUGCCUCUUGAGUAUGGUCCUUCCAUCAGCAGAAAGGCCCCUCGUUGCUCGGACAGAGAUCUGGCAGGGAGUACAGAGGCUGGGAGCAAGGAACGAGUUACAAAGCAGGAAACACAAAUGUUUCUGGGAGAGAACCUGGUUCAGGGAUGCGUUGAAACAGUCCAAGAGUCUGUGUAUGUGCCCCCCAGGGCAUCACCUACCAGGGUAGAGAGAGGUGGUGUGGAUCAGUAAAGGAGACAGCACAGAAAGGGUUAUCAAUUUCUGAAAUUUCUUUACAUCUAGGUAGCAGAUCACCUAUAAGUGACUUUUUAAAAAAUAUAUAUAUAUAUAUGGGUAUGAGGGGCCAGGGAAAGGGCUCCGUGAGUGAAGUGUUUACUGUACAAACAUGAAGAGUUUGGUUUGAAUCUCUAUCACUCUUGUAAAAGGCAGGAUGGGGACAGGCUUCUAUAACACAAGCACUAAAGAGGUAGACACAGGUGGAUCCUAGGAGCUCAUUGACCAACCAGUCCAGCCCAUCUGCAAGCCUCUGCUUCAUAGAGACUCUGACUACAAACAGUAAUGGAGAGAGCAACAGAAAGAGGCACCUGAUGUGAGUCUCUGGUCCCCACACAUGCACGCAGGCAUACACGUGUGUGUACACCACUCACACGUGUGUACAGAUGCACACACAUAUGCACAUGCACACAGUGCAAACAAAAUGCCUUUUUGUUAAAAAACCAACAGAAUCCAGAAGAAGUUUAAAGCACUAUGUGUUAGUGUACACUCUUUCUAACACAAAAACACACAUACACAUACAUACAUACACACACACACAUAUUAUUUAGCAAAUAUUGACACUUCACUAUGAAAAUGCUAGUUGAUUUCAGGGCAAAUCAAAUUUAUGAACAAUUUGCCAAGGGAAUAUUCACUAAACAACUUCUUUUUUGUUGUUGUUGUUUAAAAAAAAAACAAGAAAACGUGAUUGAGAUUCUUUUUUAUUUUAUUUUUUUACCCAUUAUGCUAAAAACCAAAAGCAAUUAAAUUAGAUAAAAACAAAAGUGUAAGAAUUAAUAGCUGAACAUCAAGGCAAUGGGUUAAAACAUCAAGAAAUUGCCAUAGCUUGCUCUUCUAUGAAGUCCUCAGGAGUUUCCUUGGGUGAUGGGGAACCAGACCCUGACAGCAGUAGAGGAGGCUUCGGUGUAGUCCUCUGUGGUCAACAUUUCCCGUACUCUCAGUCAGGUUAAAUAUAUCUCUGUUGCAGUGGCCUGUUGCUUGGGGACACAGCAAGCCAGCUGCACACAUUGUUCCUCACUUUAGCAAGAGUCAGCAUCCCCUACUCAGGGCAGCUCUUGAAGCUGCAAAACAGGGAACACCUGCCCUGCUGGUUUUAUUCUUACGCGUUCCCAACCUCACUUGCCUUGAAAACACUGAAAUGGAAAUUUAACGAUUCGAUACUCUGGUCCAGAGCUCUUAAAUUAGGAGAGCACGGGAGAGGAAAAUGGAACUGGAGGUAUGGUUGCAAGUCUAGAAACUAUGAGAGAGCGGCUAAGACUCUUAAUAUGGUUAGAACGUGCCAUGAUGCAAACUCUCACUGGAUAAGAGAAUAAAAUGACUAAAACUUUUGACCUUGUCCUGAGAGGGCAAGAGUACAUUUGUAGUUUGCGGGGGGCAGCCCAUUCACCUCUGAAGACCUUCAUACGUGUACUUAUCUAUAUACCAGAAACGUCCGCUCCCACUCUGGUUCUGACUAAUCAAAUGUCUUAGGAAUGUAUCAAUAUGUUGAGACACAAAUGCUCAUCACACAGACAUGAUGUGAGACCCCUGUUCUUGUUAUUAUCUUUAUAAAGUUAUGCCCAGCGAACACUGUCUCAGAUGCCUGUCUGGGAUAAGAAUGGAACCCAUAAUUCUUACUUUCACAGGAAGCUGGCCACACGGAAAAAGGCCCUGCAUGGCUUCCCUUCACUGGGCACAAAGACAGAGGAAAGACUUGGGGCACUUCUGGCCAUGUUAAGUUUUACUGGCCAGAAUGGAUAGCAUUUCUUUCACAUGAAAAGAAGAUCUAAGUAUGCCAGGGCUUAGGUGCCAAGCUAUUGCCAGUCCCUCACUAACCCCCGACCCAAAUCAUUUACCAGCCUGCUAAUGCAGGGCAGGGUUUUAAAAUGAGCCUUCUUCAGUCAAAAUACACUCACAGACGAGACUCCAUAAUUGAGUGACACUCUUGAUAUCAUUAGUGAAAUGAUGUGUUUCUAAGGGGAAAAAUCCCUCCCAUUGUUCAAUACCUUCAUGUAAGUUCUCAUGAUCCCUACAAGCCUAAGAGAGGAAAACUCAUGUUCGCUGGCAUUCCCUUGGCCCACAGAGACAGUUUUGUCUCUGGCAAGCUGUGGUUAGCUACUUGUUGGCUGUGAUAAAUUAUCUCCAAAUUUUCAGCACAAAGCAAGCCUAAUCUGCUUAUGACAUCCUCAUGUCUGUGGGCUAGGCCUCUGAUGUAGCUUGGAGGGCAAUGAUAACUCAUAGGCUCUAAUGGAGGUUUCAAUUAAACUCUUAGCUGGGCCUUGCUCCUGAUGAUUUGGCUAAGGAAUUGUUAGCUGUUUCCAGACCUGCUCAUGUGGUGACUUGGAGGGCCUCCCUUGUUCACUGGAACCGGUCUGUAGUUUGCAAUUUUCUUGAAGGGUGAGCACCCCUGGACAUUGUUGUGUGUCUCCAGAAAUGGCAGCUCACUUCCCCAAGGGAAUGAAGUUCACGAGAGAAAUGGAAGCAACAGUUGCCCAUGAUGUUAUCUUAGAAGUGGCCAUUCCCCUCCAACUUUACACUGUUAGACACACAGAUAAUCCUGAGAACAAUGUGGGAAGGUUGUGAGUGUUCAGGCACGGGAGAUGACACUAGAUUAACAAGAUGUCACCACAACAUCUAUGAACUCAAAAUUUCAAGGAUGUAACAUGGCCAUAUGAACUUUCUUGAAUAAUAUAUACUGUGACAUAUCUUGCUCACCACUUCUUGACAGACUACUUCAUGGGACAUUCAUCUAUGCACCUGCAGUUCCCAAGCUGAUAGGUCAUUGUCACCCACUCAAGCUGUUGAAGUACAAGAUCAUUUCCUACACAAUAAUAGUGAUUUGUCAUUAAGUCAACUAUUUAACCAAUCCAAAGGAUCCAGCCUAAGGACCCUGUGUUUUAGAAGUCUUUAAUUUUAAUUAUUCUUUGAUUUUAUUUUCUUAUGAUUAAAAAAACCAGAAUUAACAAAAUCAAUUUUACUCAUCAAUUAUCAUUUAUGUAGUGGGUAUUCAAAUAUUUAGUAUGUGUAUAUAGUUCCCUACCUGGGCUAAGAAUAGAAAGUUCAGCCUUUAGCAAGAUUCAAGCUUAUUUUAAAAUGAGAAAACUUUUUGAAUGUUUUGAGCAAUGUGUCUCAGAUGUGCGAGUGUUUGAGAAACGAUGUGCAUGUGUGCUUGUGUGCACGUGUACCUGUGUGUUUUUAUAUAGGUGGUCACAUGAACAAGACAGGCAUGUUGCCUUGGUAGAAAUAACUUCAAACAUGGCUUCCAAAGUUUGGUACCUUGAGAUAGGAUUGCUGAGAGCCUAAUAGUUGUAAGUGUACAGACAAAUUUAGCUCUCAAAUAACAAACCAGUAUGCUUCUAUUGUCAGUAAGAUUUGGAUAAAAUGUUAUUUCUUUGGUGAGAAUUUAACCUCGUUUUCUGGUCCUUUCUACCUGAUAUUACUAACCUUGGGAAGACUGGUUAAUAAAGCAGGAUGUUCAAGAAAGGCCUGUCUUGCCUGGAAGGAAUUUUGCUGAAGACAUUUCUGUGUUGAUAGGUUUCUAAGCAGGCUCCUGCUUACCCCUCCACCAUGUGUGGGGUCUGCCCCUGAGUGGCUGAGAGGGCACAGGCUGUGAGCACAGUGGGGGUGGGAUGUGGGGGAGAACUAUAAUCCAUUAAGCAAAAUCAUUUUCUUCUUUGGGAAAAAAAAAGAAGCCUUUUAUAUCCGGGUAUGCAUAUAAGUGACAGCUUUAAAUGUUGUACUUAAUUACUGUGACACUUUUAUCUCUCUCUGCCAUUAAAUGUGCAAGUUAUUAAUACUCCCUUUUCUAAAGUUUAUUUCUCCCAGCUACUGAAUCACAUCCCGUAGCUGUCUCACUUAUGCCAGUGGGGGGAAGGGCCUCUGGUGGGGCCGGGAUGGGGGCCAUUUUGGAGGAACUUUCUAAACAUCCAGAGGUAUACUCUCGAAGGAUAUUUUUGUUGAUAUCUUCGAUUUGUUGAUGUCCUGCUUUUUCAUUCGAAGAAUUGAAAGUGUUUAGUCUCUCCUCCCCUCAAAUGGUUUGUAGUUAAGAACUCUGAAGAUCAGCUUCCUUAAAUAGGUUGAUUCUCCAAUCCAAGUGCCUGGUGGCCACACUAUAAAGCCCACUGACUUCUUUCCCACCAUCCAAGAGACUCUAUGUCGAAACAGAGUCUUGGGUUUAGUGGAAAGAAGUGAUUUCAUUGUCAGAAAGGAAGUGGGCCACUACCUGGCUUGCCUCUCUGAGCGUUAGCUUCAGGAACCUGCAGGUUUAAGCUAAGGAGUUGCUCACAGAGGCUGGGGAGAUGGCUUUGUUGGUAAAGCAAAGAACAGGAACAUGAGUUUGUUCACCUCAAACCCAACCAAGAAACCGUGAACAAUGAAGCCACGUGCUUUCAAUUCCACUGACUCAGAAACAGGUGGAUCUUGGGGUCUCUAGCCAACUAACCUAUAUUUCUUGGUGAGUUCUAGGUCAAUAAGAGACCCUAUUUCAAAAAUAAAUAGAUAACUAAAUAAAUAAAUCCUGGUGGAGGUCUGUGAGAUGGUUCAUCAGGUAAAGGCACUUGUCACCAAACCAGAAAGUCUUAGCUCAAGGCCCAAAUGCCCACCUGGAGAAAGGAAAGAAAUGACUCCUGCAAGUUGUCUUCUGACAGUCACAUGUACGCUUUGAAAUGCACACAUACCUACCCAUGCAUACACACACACACACACACACACACACACACAC